AGCGCCCGACGGCGUUCGAGCUCCACAGACGAACUGCCGUGAGCUCAAGUUACUUGUGCCGAGCAAGAGCUCUACGAGUGGGCAAAGACAUGGAUAUUAUCCUCAAGGCUGUCGUGCUUCUUGUCGCCGUCUCUGGAAUCCAUUGUGAAGCACGCUACGGCCAGGGUGGAGGCUACGGUGGCUCAGCUGGAGGUGCCUCCGGGGCUCCUCAACCGUACAGCUUUGGAUACGACAGUACCGACGAGUUCGGUACCCAGCUGUUCCACAAGGAGCAAGGCGAUGCCAGUAACACCAAGACCGGCUCCUAUGGUUAUCGGGACGCUAACGGCCUCUAUCGCACGGUCACUUACGUCGCUGAUGCAAAUGGAUUCCGCGCAACCGUGGACACCAACGAGCCCGGCACAGCGCCGGGAUCAAGCGCCGACGCCGUAUUUAAUGCGAAGCCUGUAGCGGCAGGAGCCGGGGCGGCCGGUGCUGGAAAAGUGCUCCCGGGCCGCUACAGUGGAUCCAAACCGGCUGGCGGAUACGGUGGUGCCGGUGGAGCCGGUGGGCCAUGGGCUGGAUGAAUGAGCAGUGCUAAAUAGAGCAAAUAUGUGUUGGCUCGAGAAGAGCGCAAUGUCACCCUUUUGCUUAGCACCGUGUGUACAAAGCGAUGUAUGAAAACGAACAAAAUUGUUGAGCUAAAUAACAUAAUAAAGAAACAUUUGUGCAUGAAA